ACUGCAAAUUAAGAUUUGGUUUUGCAUGGUUAGCUCUAUAAUGCAAAUAAAUUAGAUCGUAAUAAAAGAGACUUGUUUUUCAAGUUUCUUAUUGUAAUUAAGUAGGGAGUUGUACUUGGAGAACAAGUCUUUCCGGUAAUCCAGUCCAAAGUAAGAUUUUAAAAAAAAAGAAGUCAUUUUGUUUACUCUCCUUGUUCUCGUAUUGGAAACCGAUCCAUUCUUCUCCUAUAAUUAAUGGGUCUUGGAAACCAGGUCUUGUUCGACAAUCUUUUCCAACUUGAAAAGACUUGAUGUCUAUAUUCUUUUGAGUUUGGAGGCUUGUAGCAAGGACUAAGAGCCAGCUAGACUGAUCUCUAAAUCUCUAAAUAUAGUCUGCGUGUUCAGGUCCCUCUUAUAUUCUUGUUUUCCUCCAAUGGCUUCAUCACAAACACUUCCUUCUGACCUCUAUUUCGAGAUUCUGACCCGAGCAUCCUUCGAUACUGUUGGCCGGUGCCGGCUCGUUUCGAAACAAUGGAACCACCUUACAUACGAUUCAAGUUUCAUAAAUCAACUAUCUCAGAGAACCAAAACAACACACGGGGUUUUCAUUCAAAGCUCGAUCAGCAGUAAUUAUAUAUCCACCUUUGUUCAAGCUGUGGGUAACAACGUCGACGUCUCCAACUCCGAACAGCUGUCCUUAAGUUUCCUGCCUCAGCCGGUGAAGAUUGAAGCUGCUCAUCAGGGUAUACUCGUUUGUGUGAGCCAGAAACGUGUUCCUCAAUAUUAUGUCUGCAAGCCAACCACUAGGGAAUGGGAGCAGAUACACAACCCAAAAACGAGGUAUAUGACGGUAAAAAUUGCCUUAAUGGUGUUACGAUCAAACCCGUUAAGGUACAAGAUCGUCCGGUUCUCAGAACCAAAGUCUCCAUAUUCCAAUUACAAGUCGCAGGAACACUGCUACAACCUUAGGUGUGAGGUAUAUGAUUCCAAAGCUCGAGCAUGGAAACAGUUGAACAAUGUAGCUUUACCCAAAGAUGCUUAUAUCUUGAGGUUUCAACCUGCAGUAUCGGCAUGCGGUGCACUCCACUGGCUUUUGUCAGACAACCGAGUCGGAAUCUUUGCUUUUCAUGUAGAUGAAGAGAACUGGGAAAUAUUUGCACCACCGUGCUUGCCAGUCGAUAAUGUCAAUGGGAAUCAGGUGGUGGAGUACCAAGGCCGCCUUGCAUGGAUUUGUGAAGUAGAGGACUCGAUAGAGCUAUGGGUUAUGGAAGACUACAAGAACAAAGUAUGGAGUAAAAGACAGAUAAUAAGGAUCAAAGGACUGGAUCGUCUUGCUUCUUUUGCAACUCUUUGCAAUAAUGAUGUUGCACUCAUGAGAGGAUUUUUCAAGAUAAUAUUUUACAAGUUUGGAGAUUAUAGCUCCAAGAUAGCAAAUCUAGAGGAAAUUUCUCGACCAGAUGAGAUCUUCAUGUUGCAAUCAGAUUCAGAGCCUACUAGAAUAUUGAAGGGUCCAUUGAAGUCUUGGGUAAUAAUAAGGUGGUUUCGUUCGAUUAAAAAGAAGUGGUCUCCAAUAACUAAGUAUCGCCUCAGGACUGUUGGGAAAUUCUGCAGUACAUACGGGACGUAUGCCAUAGAGUUUGUGUUUCUGUUUUUGGCUUUGAGGACACAAUUAAUCCAAAGAUUGACACACUAUCUAUAUGGCAUAACACAUGUAUUGCAAACGGGGUUGGAGUGGUUAGCUGGUGCUUGAUUUCGUGGAGGCCGGAUUAUUUUUCCUUUGUAGGGGCUAUUCUGCUUGCAAUAGUGCAUUAAGAACUUUAUGGGAGUUAAUUAGUUAAAAAUCUUCAUAAAAUUGUAAUUAUAUUACUCAAAUUACCCAUUAGAUGUUCAAAAAAUAAUAAUUCAGUGGGGGCCUAGCCCCUAAUGAGCUUGCCGUGCGUCCGCGGGUGUUUCUAGUCACUUUGUCUUGUUAUGUUGUGUUUUAGAUUUGUAUUUUGAAAGAAUUUGAUUUAUUAUCCAUUAUGUUGCUUAAUUUGUUUCUUUUAGUUUCAAACACAAGUAAGAUACAAGUCAAUGCUUAUUAAUAUGUAUAACUAGGUUGAUAUUAUAACACUGCAUAGUUUUAUGAGUUAAUUUAAGGGGCGUGUAAUUGACACAUAGAAAAAAGCAGGUGUUGUAACUAAAAAGCAAAGUGUCAAUUUCACUCAUAAUCCCUAGAUAAAACAUAAAAUGUGAAAUUAUUUAUAUAAUAGGAAACAUGUUAGCUGGGAGCCCUUCUAAUGAGGAUUAUUGAAAUGAAGACUAGUUGAAGACUUUUGUGGUAUAUCCACUUUUCGAUCACAUUUUCACAAAUCAGCCGUUAGAUGUUUAGAUAUUUAUGUGUAGAUCAUUUAUGCAAUUUUUCAACCAAAUUGAAAAUCAUUAAAACAUUCAUAAUUGUGAUUUAUCAGUUAUGAAUAUGAACAGUUCAUGUUUGACAGAUUUGGUUCGUCUAUUGAUUUGAUCUAGUUCGAUACCUUAACGAUUAGCAACUUGAAAUAAAUUUUUCAGAAGUGAUUUACGCAUGCAUACAUAAACAUCUAACGGUUGAUUUGCUGUAAUGUAAUUAAAAAGUUGGUAUCCCGAACAGUUAAUUAGAAAGUCCUCAACUAGUCAUCAUUUUAGUAGUCCUCAUUAGAAGAGCUUCCCAUGUUAGCUUAUCAAAAUAUUUAUUUUAUUAUUUAUGUCUUUCUUUCAAAACGUGUGGCACCUAAGGGCCGCCCGUUCGGUAUCAUUUUGCGAUACUGUUUUUUAUUUUACGAAUUCAAAAACUUAUGUAAUUUGCGUUCGGUGCAUUAAAUUUGAAAAACAGGGAAAACAAAUUUUAGGAAACAAUUUAGGAACUAUGAAUAAAUAUGGGAAAUGACUUUUUAACGUUUUCCUUGUUUUAUGAAAACAACCCGCCCUGCAAUUAGAGAAAGUGAUUUAUUUUUAUUUUUUUACUUUUAAGCACAUAGAUCCACAAACUCUUCUCCUCUCUUUCGAUCUUUCUCUCUUUCUCUCCCACAAUUUUCAUUGAGACUUAUCCUCUUUUCUCAUGAUCUCAUCUACUUUAUAUGCUGUUUUAACUUUCUUCUUCUCCGUCUUUUUCAAUCAAUUGAAACUUGCAGAAUCAUGCAGUGGAGAAGAAUGAAGGAUUUAGAAAAUUCAUCUUUCAUGUGUCAGAUCUAAUUUAUAUGGAUGAUUUAGGGUGAAAGCUUCGGCAUUUUAUGCUUCAAUAUAAUUGGAUUAUCUCAUGGGCUAGGAAUUAACAACUAAGGUUGAGACAAUUGAUUGAAUUAUCAUUUUGAACUAAAGAUUCAAGAGCUUGCAAUUUCAUAUGAUAUAUUUUAGGAUUAAAUUCUACUUACUACCUUGUACUUUCAAGGGUUCAUCAGUUCAGUC